GUGCAACAGUAAAUUUUGAACAUUCAAGGCGAACAUACAUGUGCUGUAUCUAGGGAAUGAAUUCAAAUAAUCUAGCAGUGUUUUUGUUUUCAAAGCGAAUCACACUUUAGUUGGAACACCUAGUUCAUAAUUAUAUGCCUUAAUAAUGGGAUAAAUUAAAAGUAUUCAAUCGGAAGUGAAAAUUGGCUUAGUGUUCUCAAAGGAUUCUAGUUGUCUAAUAUACUCUCUCACGUGCAAAUUCCUUAUAGUUGCUCAAUAAGUUUGUGCUUAAUGCAUUUGUUGGUUCGUGCAAUUCAAUGAGAAACGAUUGAGCUCAAAAGGUGUUAAUAGAAAGCAAAGCUGAGAAGUUUAAAAUACGAAGAAAUGAAAUGGAAAGGAGAAAGUCGAAAGUGUGCAUCUUUAUGAUAAACAGUUUCACAUGGUGACUGCGAAAAAUUGACGAAACCUUUGCAAUUUUUAAUGAUUGUAUGAUUAUUUUCGUAAUCGCUGAUAGUACAUACAUAAAUAGAUUAAUAUGAUCUGCCACACGAUUUCUUUUAUUAUAUGGAAUCGUUGAUACUUAUCGUGUUAUGAGUCAUAAAUACGACCAAGGAUAUGAAACGUCACAGUCGAGUGGAAUUGGGAAUAAUUCACCCCCUUAUUUUUAUAACGUUUGUUCCUGUAAUUACGGCUAGUGGUUAUGGAUAUGACUCUGCCUCAACAUGUGAUCCAAAUGCAUCAAGAAAAAGUCGUUCAUCACAUCUACUUCAGACAAUUCCCUGUGAUUUGAGUGUGCAGGCAUACUGUAAUCUACCAGGAUCUGCUUACCCUUGGCAUGCAGUGCGCCGAUUUGUACAUGAGAAUCAAGGAUUAAUGCGACGAAUGUAUGGAGACGUACGCCAUAUUUCUGUUCUAAAGUCUGAAAUGGAAAACAAUGAAAUUGAUACAGAUGAUAUACAUCAUACCGCUGAACGAUAUUCUCGAAAGGAUGCAUACAAAAAAAUGAAGCAUGCUCAUUCCUCUCAUUACGAAUUUGGACGAGAUAAAAGUAACGAUGUUCUAACGGAGCCACAUUUUAGGCCAUCUCAAAAGAUUAGUAAUCAGAAGACCACUACAACUACACCACCAACUACAACUAUUAUACAAUUUACAACUAGCAGCGAUAUAUCUAUCACCAACACCACAAGUAAACCGACGUUUCUAAGUAUUACACUUAAAGAAACUACUACGACAUUUGAUGAAAUCGUUUCACAGCAAAACAUUGGCGAUGAGUUUGGACAAUAUAAAGACAAUGAGAAAUUUGACAUAAAAAAACUAUCAACUAUAGCUAAUUUGGAAACCAAUAACGAAACGCAUGUCAAUGCUGAUUUAAUAAAAAACAAAAUUAAGAAUGACACUAAAAUAAUCAAUGCAACAAAUGAUACGGUUACUAACUUAAAUGCUACAGAAUCCAACGUUCAAGAUACAAAUGCUACGAGUAAUCUGAAUAUGGUCAUUGAUACAAACAUCGUAAACAUUUCUAAAAGUACUAGCUUCGAAAACACUACAACUGAAAAAAGCAAUGUGACGGUGACUAAGAUAGAAGUACCCAACCCUACAAAAUCCAUAUCAAAAAACACGGAAGGGCAACUUUUUCAAGAAGCUGCCCAAAAAGAAGCUCCAGUGCCAAACAUGAAAGGAGUCAACGCGUGUCCUGUGAAAGAAGAAGUCGUGGCCCCAUUCUGGGCUAACAAUACGAGAGGGGAAGUGCUAGCCCUGCUGAAUCUUUAUCCAUUCGAGCAAUAUGUACAUUGGGAAAAGUGCGCUUUCGAACUCAAGCAAAUGUACUGUCGGGAAGGAUGUCGAUGUGAACAGCAGUAUAGAUUACAUCGAUUACUGGCAUACGAUCCGCACAAUGAAUGUAGAGGCAUUUUUUCGGACUGGUUUAGGUUCCCAUCCUGCUGCAUAUGUAAGUGCUACGAUCUUCCGUUCGAUUACCGUGUCACAUCAAGGAGCCCUAGAACAAUUAUUAAAGAGUCUAUUCAAUAUAUUGAAGAUGAACUGCAAAAUGCUAUUUACGAUCAUGCAACUGAUGACUGGUAUCGCCCGAAGGAUUUUGGCUACGGUUGAAUACUUAAACAAAACAUUAAUAUACAAUAAAAGUCUCUCA